CCAUGAGUGCUGAAGAUGUUCAAGAAACCUCGAGCAAGCAUGUAAAAGAUCCGGAAUCUGUCAUGGUUGUCAAACAUUGUAAUGUUCUUGGCAAAGAGGAACAGGAAUUGGAAACUGUUGUGGUUGACAUGAAUGAUGAGGCUCCAAGUAAGCCAGAACAAAACAUAGCUUUUGUGGGUAAAGCACACUUAGAUGUACCUGUUAAACCCAAACAAAACUUAGAAACUGUUAUGGAGAAAACACACAUUGAUGAACUUGGUGAGCUUGAACAAACCUCAGGUCUAAGCAUAACCAAUAUAUGUAUUGGUGACCUCAGUAACAGUCAAGAAGACUUGGUUACUAUUAGCAUUAAUGACUGUCAUCCAAAUGAUGCUUUGAAUGGUGGACAAAACUGUGUUAGUAGUGAUGGUAACUUGUCUUGUGUAAAUGUAUCUUCUUUAGAAACAAAAGAUUUUACUGCCGAGACUCGGAGCAUCAUUGUAGGUGACAGCCAAGAGUAUAUUGCAUCUGAUUUGAGAAAGGCUUCAAUUAGCAUUAAACACAGUUCAAAAAACAUAUUGGCAGUACCCCUCUGUAAUAAAUCUGCAAAUUAUUCUCCAAGACUGAAUGGUACUUGUGUUGAUCCUUCUAGCACUAUGUUAAUAAAUAGAGAAAUGGAGGUCGGAAAAGUCAGUAAUUCUUCAAAGGCAAGAAAUUUUUCCACACCACAAAAUGCUAACAAAGUUUUCCCAUGUUCUACAUAUUCACAAAUUCAAGUAAGAGUUAAUAAAAAAUUAAAAAAUGUAAAUAAUGAAUUUUCAAUUGGUCGACAAAACUUCAUGGAAAACACUGUUCAUUACUCUGACAAUGAUGAAGCUUUAAUCUCAAGGCAACUUGAUGAAUUAACUGGUAUAGAUAACAACAUUGCUGCAGAAAACAAUAGGCCGGUAAAUGAAAUUAUGAAAACUUCUAACAACAAAACAGUGAGCGAAAUUAAUGAUGUAAACUGUAAAACACAGGAUGGUAGUAACCAUAGCUGUUGUUUUUGCAGACAUAUAUUAAAAAGGAGCAAAGGGAACACUUGGUUAUCACUUAACAAACCACUACCAUUGAGUUUGUUAAAUCCCAUUUCUCUCUUGCAGUGCUUAGGCAUAUCCUCUCCAUUACUUGCCACUGGAAGAACCAAUGACAAUUUAAUUAGUGUGUGUCGACAAUGCUAUGCUCUACUUUCAGAUGGCGAUGCAGUAUACCAGAGAUUAUUAUCAGUUAUUUCACAGAUGAAGCAGCUGUGGCCUGAUGAUGACAGUGAAUUAUUAACAGUUACUGUUAGUUCAAAUGGCAGUGAUAAAGCUUUAAAGAAAAACCAAAUAUUACAGAUUUUAAAAAAUAAACAGCCAUUGCAGUCCUCUCAUACCACUCAUAGAAAGUGCAGAUUCAUUUUACCAAAACCAGAUAUGGUAAAAGAGAGUCAUUCUUUGUUGAAUAAUAUUGAUGGGAAAAUGGCAAAGGUGAGAUUGAAAAAGGAGCACUCUUAUAAUAAAAUGAGAAUAUGUGGAUUUUGUGGAAUGGAUUUGUAUGGUGAAGAUGAAUGGAAUCUUCACCAAGCUGCUGUCCAUCGAGUAGACCAGAAAUGGAGAUGGUUUAAUUUACAGCCAACACUGAAAACGCUUCUAGCAAAGAAAAUACAACAGUUUAAUGUGAAGCAGAAUGAGGAUUUAAGACAGAAUUUUCAAUAUGAGAUGACAAAUGCUCAUAAGUGUGCUGCAUGCAGUAGCAAUUUUUCACUACACGAUGAAUUUGUGGUGCAUUUGCGGCAGUACCACAAUAUGGUCGUUGAUGAAGAUUUUUUGUCGUCUGUCUUAGAGGAUGCAAAUUUGAUGAAUAAGAGGAACAUAAGUGAGAGAGAGCAUAUGGAAAAUCCAAUACAAAUUAAAAGUGAAGUAAUGUGGCAUGAUCAAUAUGGUAAAAGCUCAGUGAGUGAUAUGGUACAUAGCAACAGUAUACAAGAUAAUGAUGCAAUAACUUGUGAAGAAAUGGGAAUGCAACGUAUCAUAGACUGUGGAAAAGAAGAGCAAUCACAAAUAAACACUGAAAAUCAGUCUUUACGAGUACCAGAUGAUUUUCAUAAUUAUAUAGGAACUAAGGACACUGUUAAGCUUGAAAAAGAGAAUUCAAAGAAAGAUUGUAGAGUAGAAUUGUGCUGUAGUAUUUGUGAAAAGUCCUUCAUCAGACAGAGUGACUUAGAAAAACAUGAACAGUUUCAGCAUUCAAAAUCAGUAAAAAUGAGUGAGACCAAGGUAAUCAAAGAUAAUAAAUUGGUGCCUUCACCUGGUAUUAAUUCUUUACCAAGGACCCUGAGGGCUAAAACUAAAGUUACAUGUAAACUGUGUAACCAGAUUUGUUGUAGCUCUGAAGAUCUGAAUUACCAUGUAGAUACAUGUCAUGAAAAUUCUGUUGUUAUUUUGAACAAAGAUGGGUAUGGAGGAGUUAUUGACAAUCGCUUACAUAUGUCCAAGGCAAUUGGUUCAGAUUUAGAUGUACAAAAUGAAUCUGAAGUGCCCAAGUUUCAGGCAAAUGCUUCGGGGAAGAAACUUGACAAAACCCAAAGUUUUGUGUGCCGUGUAUGUGGAAAUACCUUUGUUAAUCGCCUCUUGCUAGUAAGACACAAAUGUUCAUCCCAUGGGGAUGUGUGUGGAGUAGGUGAAGGUAAUGGGUUAGUGAUGGUGGAGUGUAAUCUCUGUGGUAGGAGACUAAAUGGAAUAAGAUCCCUUCAUCUUCACAUGUCAAAAGUGCACAAGAAAUCUCCGAAGUAUCCACUAAAGCAUCGAUGCAAAAUAUGUAUAUACCACUCUAAGACACGUAACCAGCUGGAGAAACACAUGCAGGAAAAGCAUGGCCUAAAUGUGUUGCCACCAGUAGAAUGUAAAGAGUGUGGUAAGAUGUACAGUGCCAAGUACAUUGACAUACAUAUAGCAAAUAUGCAUGAAAAUCAAAAAAGAUUUUCCUGCAAUUUUUGUGCUAUGAAAUUUAACGUAAAAUCAAGUUUAAAAUGCCAUAUUUCCUAUGAACAUGCUAACAACAAGUGGCCAUGUGUUAAAUGCCAUAUAGAGUUUGAAAAAUAUCACCAACUGCGUCAACAUAGAAUAUAUGUUCACAGUACUAAGAUCUACACAUGUCAACAAUGUGGGAAGACUUUCAAGCGUAAAAGUGAUAUGACAGAGCAUGAAAAAAGGCGGCAUAUGGAGAAAAUAAUGAGUGAAUGUACUUACUGUACAAAAGCUUAUGCUGACCGUAAAAAGCUACGGACCCACUUGAUAAAGAAACAUGGUGUAGCCUGGGAGGACACACUAUCUAAAAGUUAUGCUCGUCAUCAACAAGAAAAUAACUGCUUGCGCAAAAGGCAACAUAGAAGUUCAAGCGCAUCCCAGAAUUUGCCUCAUAAUGAGGAGACUGAAGGGAUUGGAAUCCAGCAGAGUAAAUAUGAUUUGGAGCACACUGGUCAGCAUGUACUUUAUGAGGAGGGACAGAAAGGUCUUUUUGAAGAACAGUACCAAGAUGGUGACUCUUGUCAAAUUUACCAACACCAACACUGUGCUCAGGUGGAGGAGAGGACAAUUACAACAUAUGAGGGAGCCAGUGUAGAGACACUGGAAAAUGAGCAAGAAUACAAUAUGGUACAGGUUACAGAGGGAUCUGAAAAUAUUACCAAUAUGGCCAACAUUUGCUAUAUUGUUCUGGAAGAAACACAACCAUGAUUUUUUGUAAGAUAAUGAUCUAUACUCAUCCUUUGAUAGAAUGUUUUUUUCUUUAUAGAGUUUGUCAACCUAAUUCUUAUAAAGAAUAUACAAUUAAUUCCCAAAAAACUGUAUCUAAUAUUUUUUCUUGCCGUGUUCUCUCGCAUCUUGAAAUAUAUACAUGUAUUUAA